AUGCUUUUCGGCAUAAAUCGUUUCCAUUUCCUCGUUCUCAUCACUUGGCAAUUUUCCAUAUUUUUUGCGUCCCAACAAAUUUUUCCGAUCUUCUCCAAUUAUGUGCCGCAAUGGAAGUGCGGUGAGUUGCGGAAGGGUUUCCGCGAGGGUUUCCGCGCGGAAAUUUCAAAUAUAAUGCUUUUAGGAGAUGGUCCGGUGACGUCGAAUUGCACAGUGUAUUUGGAGUGUAAGCAGAACAUCACAUUUGUGGAUGUUGCCUUCAAAUCAGCAGCGUUGGAGUGAGUUUUAUUUAUCAAACAUUUGCAUGUGGGAAGAAAACUGAGCGCGUGGCCUAGUGGUUAACGCGCGCGCCUUUGAAUCAUGAGGUCAGGGGUUCGAUCCCGCGCCGAGCUGAACUUUUUUUUUUUUUUUUUUGAAAAAUGACAAAUUUUUGCAGAUAUGGUUGGAUUUGCCCUCCCGACGCCUACAAUCAAUCGCUCUUCUCACAAACCCAGUUUGCCGGAGUUCUUCUAGGCACCUUCAGCUUCGGAGCAAUGGCGGACACUGUGGGAAGAAAGCCGGUGGCGGUUUUUGCGCUCUCCUUGGGCAUCACUAUGAAUUUCUUGACAGGUAGGCGUGGAAGCUUGCGGACAACCAAAUUUCUAUAAUUCCAGGUCUCGCACCGAAUCGCUACAUCCUGGUAGCAAUUCGAUUCUUCCUGGGUUUGGCUGUCGGUGGAACGUUGGUCGUUGUGUGCACUUUUGUUAUGGAAAUGUUGCUGCCGCAACAAAGAAUGGCUCUGCGAGCAUUCUUUAAUUGGGUGAGCCCAUUUUCAAACGAUGCUCCGCGUUUUUAUGAGAUGUAAAUGCGGAGCAUUGUUUGAAACAUUCAAAAUCGCUCGUUUUCAUGACGUAAACGCGGAGUAUCGUUGUUUUUACUGAUCUCUUAGGCUUCUAGGAAUGUUGGAAGAUUUUCCAAGCUUCUGAGUCUUCUAGAGCAGCUAGAAUUUUUUCUGAGCUUCUGGAAGUGCUCCCAGGCUUUCUAGAAGAGCUCCAGAUUUCUAGGAGCUUCUGAAGCUUACUGGGAGUCUUCCGGAGCUUCUAGAACAAUUUUCAGAGCUUCUAGAAAUCAUCCCAGGCUUUCUAGAAGCUUCUGAAGCUUUCUGAGAGUCUUCUAGAGCUCCUAGAAAUUUUUUCAGAGCUCCUAGAAAUUCUCCCAGGCUUCUAGUAGCUUCUGAAAAUUCUCCCAGGCUUUCUGGAAGCUUCUGAAAGUCUUCCCAGGCUUCUAGAAGCUUCUGAAGCUUUCUGAGAGUCUUCUAGAGCUCCUAGAAAUUUUUUCAGAGCUCCUAGAAAUUCUCCCAGGCUUCUAGUAGCUUCUGAAAAUUCUCCCAGGCUUUCUGGAAGCUUCUGAAAGUUCUCCAGGCUUCUAGAAGCUUCUGAAACUUUCUGGAAGUCUCCUAGAGCUUCUAGAACAAUUUUCAGAGCUUUUAGAAGCUUCUGAAGGAUUCGGGGAGUCUUCCGGAGAUCCUAGAACAAUUUUCAGAGCUUCUGAAGGAUUCUGAAAAUUCUCCCAGGCUCUCUAGAAGAGCUCCGGCUUCUAGAAGCUUCUGAAAGUCUUCCCAGGCUCUCUAGAAGAGCUCCAGAUUUCUAGAAGCUUCUGGAAAACCCCCAGGCUUUCUGAAAGUUCUCCAGGCUUCUAGGAGGUUCUGAAAAUCCUCUCAGGCUUUCUGAAACUGCUCCCAGACUUCCUAGAAGAGCUCCAGAUUUCUAGAAGCUUCUGGAAAAUCCCCCAGGCUUUCUAGAACCCCCCCCUCUCCCAUACCAACCCCAAAACCUUCCAGGGUGUUGCUCGCCUCAUGAUGACACUCAUCGCAAUGGCCCUCCCCGAAUGGCGUCUCAGCUCAAUCGCCUGUGCCAUCGCCGCCCUUCCCGCUCUCCUCAUCAUCGUCUUCAUCUUCCCCGAAAGUCCAACAUGGCUGCACAACAAGGGAAAAUUGGAGGAGAUGAAGAAAUCCGAGAAGCAUAUCGCAAAAGUCGCCGGUAUUCCAUACAUUCCAGUUGAGCACCAGAAAAUCGAGACGGGCGGAACGCAAAAAUCGAUUUUUGAAAUGUUCAAAACCGCCGGAGUUCUUCGCCGACUCUCGGUUCUAUGGCUCAUGUGGUUUGUCGCAUCGAUUUGUGGAUAUGCUGUUGAUCUCAACUCGAAUUCCAUCUCUGGAGAUCUGUUUUUCAAUCAGAUUCUAUUCUCGAUCCUGAUCGCUGUUUCGAAAAUGAUUCUGGUUCUCGUGGACACUUUUGUGCCCGGUUUUAAGCGGCGGACUUUGCAUCAGGGAGCUCAGGCGGUUGUUGUCAUAUGCUUUUUGAUUUUAGCGGUUAUGAGUGUGCAGAAGAAUACGGAGGUGGGUUGAAAUACGCUCUAAUGCACAGCUGUCUGCUUCUCUGCGUCUCUCACAAUCUUGUGAUCUCUAACCAGCUAGACAACCAGAGAGCACGGGAUUGCCAGAGACCCAGACUCUACCAAGACUUCUCUGCGUCUCUAACCUUCCUCACGCUCUUUAGCUAGACAACCAGAGAGCAAGGGGAGCUUGAGAGACGCAGAGAAGCCUACCGGAAAACUUCUCUGCGUCUCUCAAAUUCCCAUACUCUCUAACUCGAGCUUACCUGAAACCAAGUGCGCUCUAAUGCACAGUUAUCUGCUUCUCUGUGUCUCUCAUGCUCUCUAGAUUCAUUUGCGCUCUACUGCACACAUUUCUCUGCGCCUCUCGAAUUUACAUGCUCUCUAACUCAAGCUAACCAAGUGCGCUCUAAUGCAAAUUGCAGACGCCAAUCUUCCUAAUAAUCAACCUGAUCGGCACCGUUUUCAUCGAAUACACCUGGGAUGCGUGUUACCUUUGCGCCGUCGAAAGUAUGGAAACUUCAUGCCGUGCAAGCGGCGCCGGAACUUGCAGUUUGGUGGCUAGAAUUGGCGCCAUUAUUUCACCAUGGGUAAGUAUCCGCGUAAACGCGGAGCAUCGUUUGAAUGCGUAAAAGCGGAGUGUCGUUUUUGCAGCUUCUCUACACGAAAUUCUGGUGGCCACCAUCGGUCUACGUCACCGUAGUGAUUUUGGGAUCGAUAAACCUGAUUGUCAGCUAUUUUUUCUUGGUGGAAACCAAAAAUGUGAACUUGGAUAAUGUGCAUAUCACGGAGCACAAUCAUGAUGAUGAAAAUGGAAUUGAGAUUGGUGGCGAAAAUGAGGCGAUGCUUGACAAAAAACAUUGA